CUUGUAAACUAGACUCGGGCCUGGGCCCUCUUUCCACUGGCGUGCGUGCAUGGGCCGAGUACGUGCUCGCGCACACGUCUUCUCGUACAUUGGCUCAUGUCGUUCCUGAUCGAUUUUGAGCUUCCGAUCAACAAUCGUUGCUAAGAGCUCAUGCACGCCGUAGCCCGAGCUGGUGUGCGUGUGUGUGUGUGCUUUUAAUGCCUUUUACGCAACACCUCUCCUUCUGUUAUCUCCGGCACAGUGUGACGUCAUCACCCAGUUCGGGGGAGGUCUGAGCGGCUUCUCCGUGCGGCCGCUGCUUCCAGACCAGUUAAACUUCGACCGAGACACCGACCGGGUGCCGUAGCCUCGCUAGCAUCUCUCUGAAGAACCGCCCUCCCCCACUCCCCCACACUGCCGCAAAAAAACAAACAAACGGGGAGUGGACCACUCCGGUCAGGUGGACUACCGCGCGUCUGAAUGAGUGCAGAUACGGUGGAGCGCGUUUUGCACUGACUCGAGCCUUGUUUCAUGCGAGCCGCCCUGCUCACGAGCCGCUGCCAUGUCCGCCGCUGCUGACGCGGUUAACGUUACUCCUGCGGACCGCACCGGAGACUCCGGGCUUAACGGGUCCUGGGUGGAGUUGGAGAUGAACAGAGGCACAGCCGGAUCGGCCCAGUUGCCCCCCGCGACCCCGGGCCUGCUGCCCCUCCCUCAGGUGGAUGAAGAGGAGGCCAUGGUGGGGGGGCUGGAGCACGUCCCGUCCUCGUCCUCGAUACACAACGGGGACAUGGAGAAGAUUUUGCUGGACGCCCAGCACGAGUCCAGCCGCAGCAACUCCUCCUGCGACAGCCCCCCUCGGCCACACAGCCCCCAGGAUGACGGACAGAUCAUCUUUGACGUGGACCUGAGCGGCAGAAAAGACAGCCUAUCAGAAGAGGACGCCUUAGACAAGGAGAGGGACAUGGACAUCCUGAUGAAGGACGCAGACUGGGUGGCUGACUGGUCCAGUCGACCGGAAAACAUUCCCCCCAAGGAGUUUCAUUUCCGUCACCCUCGCCGCUCAGUAACACUCAGCAUGAGGAAGACCGGCGCCAUGAAGAAAGGAGGAAUCUUCUCUGCCGACUUCCUCAAAGUCUUCAUCCCCUCGUUGCUGCUGUCGCACAUCCUCGCUGUGGGGCUGGGGGUGUACAUCGGCAAGAGGCUGACCACGCCCGCCACCAGCUCCUUCUGAGCCGGAGACCGGAGCAAAGUGCCUGAGGAGGCGCCACGAGUUAGUCGCCAUCGGAGGAGGAAGUUCUGCUGUGUGCGAGAAGAGCGGCCGUCUCUUCUCCCUCUGUCCCGCCUGCCCCCCAACCCGGCUGUACCCCUCCUUUCCCGCCUGAGAUAUCACAUGUUGUCUGCCUUUUCCCCUCUCUCUCCUACACCCCCGGCCCCUCUAACUGUCUGUAGGUAGUCCGCCUUUUACCCUCCACUCACUGCCGUGUGCUUUUUAAAGACGAACGAAAAAGGUCACGUUUCCCUUUCCCCAGGGGUGGGGACCCAUGUUUAUGACGGGGUGGGUUUCCAGGGAGGGUUGCGGGCGUCAAAUCUAAUUCCCCAACCACACAGCCCCUUGAUCAUGUGUCUCGAGGGGAGGAUGUCCAGGUCUAGAACAGGCCGCAGAUUGUACCGCUAACGCCAGUCGGCCAGCACUCGAUCGCCAAAAGGGAUCGACCAAAUUCCAGUUUGUUAAAUGUGAUCUUGCCUUGUUUGAAAGUAGCCCAUCUUACAAAAGUGGUGGUUAAUCUAGGAGGGGGAAUGAUGAAAGUUCCGAUAGUGGCCAGGCUAAAGGUCGGCACUGGGGACGUCUCUGACUGUCUGCCAGACGGGACGAAUUCUUCUCACUCUUUCUGCGAUGGACUCCAAAGACAUCAAAAGGCAUUUGGUUUACUAUAAGCUGUAAAAUAGGAUAUCUGAAGUUUCUUUCUUGGCAUUUAAUUUGAGGAUUGAGUCAUUUCAUUUUAAAAGUCAUGUAUUUCCUGUAGUGAAAUAUUGAAUUGGAAUCAGUUGACUUCCAGAUAUUGGUUAGUUUAUAACAGCGUUGUCUUUGGCCCUGCUUCUUCACACACACACACACACACACGUGUCUGCAGAAGCACCGGCAUCCAGCUGCAGGCGAAGGGGACUGACUCCAGGGCUUUGACAGGCGAAAAGCGGUGCUCACUUUGACAGAUGUUUAGCAGCUUCCACUGAGGGGAAGUUUGUUUGGACCUGAGCGAGCGCCACUCUUUGUUUAAACACGCAGACUGGUGUGAGGUCGUCAGUUCUGUCCCAAGUGGACCUUCCGCGAAAAAAUGCAGAAUGAUUACUGCAUUUCAGUUUUACGCUCUACGGUGCAAGAAAAGAGUCGAAGGAGAAGCUUCCAUGUGAAAAAAUCUCAAAACUUUGAGAGGAUGACCACCAGAACAUGGAGUUGAUGACCAAUGGUGAUGUUUGAAACUUCACUGCUGGUACUCAAGUACAUGUUCAGGGAGGCCUUCAUCUGGUGUGCAGACCCGAGUCUCCUCUUAGUUUAACAUCUUAUGACUCAUUGACUACCUACGAUGAUCUCCAUUUCGACCACAGCGGUACUUCUGUGCGACACACACAGUUCCCUGUUUGACGGUAGUGUUGAGGAUCCUUCUUUUUGGAUUGGAGUGUUGUUUUUUUUUUUCCCUCCCUGAUGAUGGCGAAAGAUUGUGUACCCAGAGAAGGUGUCGAGUUUGAACGUGUGCAAACAGAAAUCUCAUUGUUGAUGGCAGAGCCUACUGUGAAUAGGAAAAGGAAGGUGUGGAAAGAGACUUUCCUCAGAUUGUGAUGGUGAGCAUAGUUAUUGUGAUGAUGUGUUUGCUUUGAUUUUCUUCCCCCCCCCCCCCCACAUUGAAAAAUGUAAUCAACAUUUUGUCAUUAAAAAUGACCUGAAUGAAGCUUU